AUGAGGAUGACGAAGAAGACGAUCAAUAAUUUCGGAAUUUAUAUAAUCAACUGGUCAGGCCCCCAAAAAAAAAGAAAUCAGACGAAAAUAAAAAAAUGUGUAUGCUUUCGGAGGUUAUCUCUGGUUUUUUUUAUUUACAUUGGCAAAACGACCAACUCUACUUUGCCCUCGAGUACCAGCACCGUACUGAGGCUCGUAGCACCACUUUUGAAUCUUGGCCAUGUCUUAUUCAUGGAUAACUGGUUCAACUCUCCAUCACUAGCAAGGUUUUUGAAAAGGCGAAAAACGGAUUGCGUUGGCACAUUACGUGUGUGCCGGAAAAACGUGCCCAUUGCCGUUCAAAAAGCUAAGGGGAAUACAUGGGAAUGCCAAUGUGGUGACCUCAUGGUAAUGGCUUACCAAAACCGUGGCGUUGAUCGUUUAGACCAAAUGCUUGAGCCCUAUUUAGUAGAGCGAAAGCAGUGCAUCAAAUGGAACAGGAAAUUAUUUAAACGAUUUCUCAAUAUUUCUAUCCAGAAUAGCCGUAUUCUUGUUGAGAAAUCGACUGGGAAAGCGCACCAGGCUCUACAGUUUCGUCUAAAAUUCGUAGAAGCUAUUGCUAACAAACAUCUACUCCACGUCCCAAAGGCUCGUUCAGAAGCUACUUCUAGACGACGUCCCACGUAUCCACUCGGUCGUCUGACGGAGCGGCAUUUUAUCCAGCGCAUUGGAAAUAAAGAAAGGGGAACCAGUAUGAAAACUACCUAUGAGUGUGCUGAAUGUGGCAUGGCGUUAUGUUUAGAUUUUUGCUUUAAAGAGUGACGUGAAAGCGUAACAGGCAGACAGGCAGAGUUACUUUCGCAUUUAUAAUAUCUAUUAGUAGGGAUAAACAUUAUUGACUUGACAUUGAUUGUUGUGUUUCCCUGUUUUUCUGACAUCUUGAGGUAAGAUAUAGAUUGCACGAUCGUCCUGUGGCGUUAUUUGCUGAUCGCCGAGGUACUCUUCUCAAGUUACGA